AUGGUACUUUCAAGUGCCGUGGAAUGGUGGCAGGAGUGGCAGCUGCGCAUCCUCGUCCUCACCAGCCUCUUCAUCCAGUACAUCCUCCUCUUCUCCCAUUAUGCGCGUAGAGUUCCUAUCCUACGCCGCUACAGAGUACUGGUGUGGAUAGCAUACGUAAGCAGCGACGCCGUGGCAAUCUUCGCCCUCGCCACCCUCUUCAACCGCCGCAGGCAGACUUGUGAUGAGGAGCGCAGCAACAACCUGGAGGUCCUAUGGGUGCCUCUCCUCCUCAUCCAUCUUGGCGGCCAGCCAGGGAUAAGUGCCUACAGCCUCGAAGACAACGAGCUAUGGAAGCGACAUAUAGUAACCCUUGUGUCCCAGAUCACGGUUGCCGUGUAUGUCUUCUGCAGAUGGUGGUCCGGCGAGAAGACACAGCUGGCGGCAGCGGUCUUGCUCUUUAUUCUUGGUGUUCUCAGAUUUGCUCAGAAGCCAUGGGCCCUCAAGACCGCCAGCUUCAACAGCCUCCAGUCCAGCACGGUGCCCCUCACAAGUGCGCAGAGAGAAUAUACGCGUGAAGAAUAUGUAGAAGCAGCAAAGAGGUGUGUAUUGAACACAAAGAUACACAUUGAGUAUAAGCAUGAUAUGGAUUUUAUGUUCCUUGAUCAGUCUGCUCCAUACUCUGUUCGAAUUGAAGAGUUGACAUCUUUCCUGAAGCUUGAAUAUAAGCAUGCAUACAAAAAGCUUCAGGAGAAGCUAGGAGACACAUUUGAUGACAUGUACACCAGAAAUGGAUUAAUUGGCACUGGACUUGGCACUGGCUCAUUCCUUUUGCUUCCUUUCCUAGCCUUAGCUUCUAUUGUGCUCUUUGCCAAGAGCCGCAAGGAUGGUCAGGACGAAAAGGACAUUUGGGUGACAUACAUCUUAUUAUGUUGUACCACCGUGUUGGAGCUUUACGUUCCCUUCCUGGCAUUCUCCAUGAUACUAGUUCCACGUAUCUUUCAUUUCCUUGACGAUCCUAUUUGUGGCUGGCACAACAUGGUUUCCCAGCACAACAUCAUGUCCUUGUGUGUUCGCAAGAAGAAGCCCACAUUCCUGAUGAAGCUUGCUACCUUCGACUUUCUAAGAGAGCUUCUUAACCAACAUUGGUAUAUUCAACAAGUACCUACAGCAUACCACAUCUCGGAGACGGUACGCCGACACAUGGAAGAUGGUUGGAAGAAGUGCAUAUGCGACGCUGCAAGUUACAAGAGCUUCAGUGCGCUCCGAGGUCAGUUGGCUCUAAGGAUGCACCAUCAGCUAGCUUGGACCUUGAAGAUGCCUUUGGAUGAGAGCGUUCUUGUUUGGCAUGUCGCCACAGAGCUCUGCUUUUAUCACCCCGACACAUCCCCUCAACGUCGACAAGAAGCCACACAAGGCAGCAGGAGCAUAUCCAACUAUAUGUUCUACUUGCUUCUCAUCCGUCCUGAGAUGCUUAUGCUUGGCACCAGAUCAGCUCUUGCCAAGUUGGCCACUGACCAGAUUUUCGAAAACAGCAAGGGACCGCUCGACAUGACAGAAGAAAAUCUUGCACAGGAGAUCCUUAACAUGCCAAGGCUGACAUUGGCAGAUGAUAUGAUUUCCAAUGCGAGCAAACUCGCCAAAGCACUAAUGGAUCUAGGCAGCGAGGAGGAGAGGUGGACUGUGAUCCAAGGCGUGUGGGUGGAGAUGCUCUGCUAUUCCGCCAGCAGGUGCAGGGGCUACCUGCAUGCCAAGAGCUUGGGUGAAGGCGGUGAGUUCCUGUCCUACAUCUAUCUGCUUUGGUCGUUCAUGGGACUGGAGACGUUGGCGGAUAGGCAUCACAUGUCAGAGCAUCUUACUUUCCAUUCCCAAGGCAGAGACGAUCAAUCUGCAGAAGGCGACAUGCCCCCAGUUUGAAGAUGGGCUAGCUUGUGGAAAUUACUGAUGCCAAGCAGGUACUCCCCCUAGGCCGCUGAUACUCGCCGGGGAAGCCAUUGCUUGACAAAUGGUGCUGAUGCUGCUGAUGGAAGAUUUUGUUUUGAUUUCUUACUGCAAUGUGUUGAUUGUCAGUGUGCUGCUCAUGUUCUCGAGCAGAAUAUAGGCAUGUAUAUGUGUCUGUGUCUUUCUUGCUACCGCGUGUAGUAAGUGUAGGAAUGGAUUUUGUGAGACAAUCAUUUCAACAUUUGAUAAUCCAAUUGAUGUAUUAGUUUCUACCAGAGCUCAAAACGUUAUUGUUGUUUCUGUUCUUUAAUUUCUUUGAGGUGGUGUUGCAAUGUUUCCCCAUCUUAAAACAUUGUGCGGAAUGAUGCAUAGGUCAUAAAGAUUCCUCUGAAUUCGGUGGAAUUUAUAACUGUGAUCUAUCACACGUACUUGUCAACCUCAAUAAAUACCAGCCACUAUAAGAGAUUAUAUCUAUUUAUACAUGAGAAUAUCAAAUAUCGUGUUCUAUUUAUUUUGUGCUUAUGUUACGUUGUUCCAUUCCUCUAUAUCUUGAUUGCCUGUCACUUCUCAGUCAAUUCGAAGCAAGCCACCAGGUUCAGGUCAGCUUCUGCCUGCUUGCGCACCAGGUGCUUGUGCUUAUUCAUUCCCAUUCGUUCCAUCCACUGCGUGUCUGCGUUCUUGCUGGAGUAGCUCGCUAACGACCGUUCACUAACUGAGCACAAGAGCCAUUCCACGCUUGCUUUGCCCUGUUUCACGGCAUUGCAGUGUAGCACUAUGUCCAUCGUGCUUGGCCUCUGUCAUGGGGCCCACCCUGUACGAAGCAUCCCAGCGAUUAAGAGCAUGUACACCGCUCCACUCUGGACCGAUGCCUCAUCUGCGACGUCUACAUGUUCGAUGCCACCUCCUCCAAACCUGUUGCUUGCAGAGCAAAACGGGCUCCUACAGAAGAGCCGAGUUCUUCCCUGACAAAAGCACCAGGCAGCCGCUCGGGCGACGCAGUGUGGAUCCGGCGCCUCGCUCGGGCGACGCGGUGUGGACCACGCAGCAAAAACGCGGGAAUCGGGGGAAGGGGAGAAGGGAGGGCGCGAAUCGGGAGAAGGCAAGGCGUGAAUCGGGGGAAGGGAGGGGCGAAUCGGGGGAAGAGAAGGCGGCACACCUCUGAUCCGAUCUGAACGAGAGGAGCCCGAUCUGAGCCCCCCGUCGUCACUGAUGCUGUCUAGCCAGCCCGCCGUCGAAGCUGUGCCUCUGUCUCUGAUCUGAGGCACGAAAAAGAGGAGCCCAAUCUGAACUCAACUCUGAUCUGAUCUGAACGAGAGGAGCCCGAUCCUGCCCGAUCCUCAGCCUGCCGUCCUCGUCCUCACCCUCGUCCUCAGCCUGCCGUCGGCGUCGUCCUGCAGAUAUGUGUGUAUCAAAGGGGAGUUUCAUGUGCAAGGAAGCAUAGAAGAUUUGAAACUGUUUUGUUUUGGAUAAGAAGGGCCAACGGAUACACCAACAAAUUCAGUUUGAAUUUUGAAUAAAUAUGAUAUGCGUGUUACAAAUCUUCUCUUGUGCUUGGAAACCUUAAGAUUGUUCCAUUACUGUGAGAUUUUUUGUGUCAUGGUCAAGAAAUACUUGUUGUUAUAUUUUGGAUAUCAAAAAUUGCUGGUAAGAAUGUUCUAUUGUUGUGGGA